AGUUACAUCAUAAUCACCUGGGGCCAUUGUUAAAAAGUCACAUUCCCACACCUUUUCACAGUUCUGAAUCAAUCUGAAUGGGAAUGUUUUCUUAGCAAACAAUCCAGGAAGGCCACAGGCACCAGGGCUGUACUGGCCUAAACCAUAGUUCUGUGCUGACUGAGAGGUUCUGAAAUUAGAAAAGAGGUCUAAAUCCUGCUUCCAGGUUUUUGUGAGGUGGAGAAAAGCAGAGUGACCUGGGAGAAGUGGUUAUCAACAACACAGCUGGUGACUUCUUCCCUGGGGGCAAGCUUCGCUGCUGAGUUGCUUGGAGGAGCUUGGAGAAACCAGAGAAGUGAGAUCCAGGAGAAGUAAGGCCCUGGAGUGCCAGGAGCCCUUCUCCCAAAGAUGGAGAAAUAAAUGAAGAAAUACAGGAAAAUAAGCAUUGGGUGUUUUGCAAUGGCUACACAAACUAGUCAUGUCUUCCAUGGUCAAGAAAAUAUGUUUCUGGAAAACCAAUGCAUUAGGAGAAACACUGGCAGAGAUUCAAAGAAGCCACUAAAGCAGAAGAAUAUGAAUGGACUUGGUCAAAAUUCGGACAAUGGAUUAUUGAUUACACAUGUUAACCAGACACAGGACUUACUGAGGCUGCAGGGGAGCGAGACCCAGUCUUCAGAUUGGGAGGACUCUGAAGACUGGCUUUCGGCUCACAGUUUAAAAUGUCAGAAACUCACCUUGGCUGACCUGAUAAGCCAGGGCACAGAAGUGCUGGAGGAGGGCACCAAUGUCAUGCAGAAAGUAUGUUUCUCCACCCAGAUCAUCCGCCAUUUUGAGUCAAAGCUUUCUGACACUAUUGAAGUCUAUCAAGAGAGAAUUCAGUGGCUCACAGAAAACAGCAAGAAGGCAUUUGGCCUCAUCAAAGGGGCCAGAGUCAGCAUCCUCAUAGAUGUGUCAGCCAUCAGCAGUGGCCCUCAGAAAGAAGAGUUCCAAAAGGACCUCAUGAGCCUCAUCGAUGAGCAGCUGAGCCACAAGGAGGAGCUGUUUGUCCUGUCCUUUGGCACCAAUGCCAGGUCCCUCUGGCCAGACCCCAUGGAAGUCAGCGCCUCCACCCUCCAGGAACUUAAGCUCUGGGUAAAGACACUGCAGCCUGAUGGAGGCAGCAACCUGCUACAAGCUCUGAAGAAGAUCUUCACUCUCAAGGGACUGGAUUCCCUGGUGGCCAUCAUGAGAAGCUGCCCGGAUCAGCCUUCUGAAAUCCUGUCUGACUACAUCCAGCAGUCCACCAUGGGAAGAGACCUCAUCAUCCACUUCAUCACCUACAGAUGCGAUGAUCAGAUGCCCCCUGCUGUCCUGAAGAACCUUGCAGAAGCUGUUAGGGGCUACUACCACUGCUACAGCCCAAAGAUGGAGCACUACACCAGCCGGGACAUGGAUGAGCUCCUGGCAGAAAUUCAGAAGGCCCAGAGCCUCCUCAGCCACGUGCAAGCCCUGCAGCACAGCAGCCCCUGUGAGGUGCUCACCUGCACCAUGGAGGAGAUUUCCACAGAGAUUACAAAUGGGCCACUCAUAAGCCUCUUGCCUAAACCCCCAAAGCAUGACGCUCCUCUCACCAUUGAGUUUCCAAACUUGGACAAGACUUCUGCAGAGUGGCUUAAGGUCAAUGGUCUGAAAGCCAAGAAAUUAAGUCUAUAUCAGGUCCUGGCACCCAAUGCAUUCUCUCCUGUGGAGGAAUUUGUACCUAUUCUCCAGAAAACAGUAUCAUCGACCAUCCAUGAGAAGGCAAUGAUACAAUUUGAAUGGCACGACGGGACAGUGAAGAACAUUCAUGUGGACCCACCCUUCCUCUAUAAGUACCAGAAACAGCUCAGCAGAGCUAUGCGGAUGUAUGAGAGGCGGAUUGAGUGGCUCUCCCUGGCCAGCAGAAGAAUCUGGGGCACAGUCUGUGAAAAAAGGGUGGUUGUACUGCUCGAUAUCUCUGCAACCAAUUCCAUGUACAUUAUUCAUAUCCAGCACUCCCUGCGGCUGCUGCUGGAGGAGCAGUUAUCCAACAAGGACUGUUUCAACCUCAUCGCGUUUGGAAGCACAAUUGAAAGCUGGAGGCCUGAGAUGGUUCCCGUGAGUCACAACAAUUUACAAAGUGCCUGGCGGUGGGCCCUGAACCUGCGGUGUCGGGGCAGCAGGAACGUUCUCAGCGCCCUGCGGAAGGCUGUGGAAGUGGACUUCAAGGACAAAGACAAACACCAAUCGCAGGGAAUCUACCUCUUCACUGGGGGCAUCCCCGACCAGGACAUGCCUACACUCAGUGCCUACAUGGCUGAGGCCUGUGGCGGCUGCGACCUCCAGCUGAACGUGUGUCUCUUCUACGUGGGCAAGCCAAAGACGGACACCAUGCCCCCUGCCCGCUAUGCCAGUCACACUGACACAGCCGCCGCCUACAAGGAGGUCACCCGGGCUGCAGGUGGCCGCUUCCACUGGUUUGGAGACACAGGCAUUUAUGAGAGUGAUGACAUCAACUCCAUCAUGUCUGAGAUGGAAAAGGCUCUCAACUACUCCCAAAAGUGUGCCUUCCUCAUGGCCUCCCUGAAGAACCAUUCAGGAAAAGUACUGGGAAGUUCAGCCCUCCCGAAAGGAAAACCAAAGACACUUCAGCUAAGAAGUCAGCCCAAGAAGCUCUGCCCUCCCAGGCCCACCGUCCCCCUGGGGGCCAGAAUGAGCAUUAAAGAUGACCCUGACAGAGAGAAGAGCCCCCCGCUGAAAUCUCUGAAAUGGCGUCCACUCAGUAGCAGAGUUGGCAUCUCACCAGCUGCGGCCCAGCCAAUGAAAGAAGGGAUGAUGGAACUGAGGAGGAAGACCAAGUCAAGGGAAGCAGAGACAUCUCUUUUACUGUUCUACACAGAGAAAGGGAAUGACGUGGGCUCAGUGUACAAGAAGUACCCUCAAGGAAGGGGCUUGAGAAGGACUAGCUCUUCUAUUGACUUACCCAGAAAGGAUACAGUUUGCUCAAGCCAAGAGUGGGUGGCAAAAUAUGGGCUCAAAAAAUUGAAGCUGGAGAUUUCCAGAUGCAUGGGUCCCAACUGCACUCAUCAAAAGUCAGGACAGAGGUCAGCAUCAGCCAAACACUGCAGCAUCUUCCCCAGCGUUGAGAUCCAUGGAGUGGUGAGACACAUCCAGUGGACGCCCAGGGAGAUGGAGGUGUACAUCAGGCACUUGGAGAAGGUGUUAAGGCGCUAUGUCCAGAGGCUGCAGUGGCUGCUGUCCGGGAGCCGCCGACUGUUUGGCACCGUUUUGGAGAGCAAAGUAUGCAUAUUGCUGGACACGUCAGGGUCCAUGGGCCCCUACCUGCAGCAGGUGAAGACAGAGCUGGUUUUGCUGAUUUGGGAACAGCUGCGGAAGUGCUGUGACAGUUUUAACCUGCUCAGCUUUGCAGAGAGCCUUCAGUCAUGGCAGGACACGCUGGUGGAGACCACAGAUGCAGCGUGUCAUGAGGCUAUGCAAUGGGUGACCCACCUGCAAGCUCAGGGCAGCACCUCCAUCUUGCAAGCAUUGCUGAAAGCUUUCAGUUUCCAUGAUCUGGAAGGAUUGUACCUCCUGACCGACGGAAAGCCAGACACAAGCUGCAGCCUUGUCCUAAAUGAAGUCCAAAAACUCAGGGAGAAAAGAGAUGUGAAAGUGCACACCAUUUCCUUGAACUGCUCAGACAGAGCGGCGGUUGAGUUCCUGAGAAAGCUGGCUUCCUUCACCGGCGGACGCUAUCACUGCCCUGUGGGUGAGGACACACUCUCCAAAAUUCACAGCCUGCUGACCAAAGGCUUCAUCAAUGAAAAGGAUCCCACAUUGCCACCAUUUGAAGGAGAUGAUUUAAGGAUCCUGGCCCAGGAGAUCACCAAGGCCAGAAGCUUCCUCUGGCAGGCCCAAUCCUUCAGAUCCCAACUCCAGAAGAAAAAUGAUGCAGAACCAAAGGUCACUCUUUCCUAGAGAAGUGUUCUCAGAAAAGUCAUCCUGCAAAGGACCACUCACUGAGCAAAUCUCAGCCCCGAGGGCAGGAUGGGAUGGAAUGCUGUGACCCACAGGAAACAUGAUUCCUGGUACCAGGACUCUCUGGAAGCUGAAGAAGGAAAGACUUUGUCUUUUGUGUGAGGGGCCAUUCCCGGGUCUAAUCUAACUCUCCAGCCCUGUCCCGCAGCGCACUCUACUCUCCAGCCACUAGAUUGUCCCUCUCUGGGAAGCCCUAAACCAACCCCCUGCCUAAAUGGUGGUGCUUCUUGCAAACCAACCCCCUGCCUGAACGGUGCUUCUUGCCCCCUCUGCCUGGAGACUCCUGCUCAUCCAUCAAGGCACAGCUCAAAUGACAUCAGCUCCCUGGGACCUAUCUAGAGCGAGGGGCCUCCAGUCUUUCUCUUGCAGCAUCCUGACCACGCAGACCUCUCGCACUCAGCACUCUAUGUCACGCCACCUUGCUCGCUGAUCUAACUCUUCUCCUUGACGGUGAGCUCCCUUGGGAUGAGACUGGUGUCCCAGGAUAUGCAGGUCCCCAGAAGCUGCCACAUAGGAGACACAUGGUGAACAGUGAGCAGGCUGCUGAGCUGUGAGAGCCUAGCUCUGGAAAGCAGCUGAUGGGGUGGUCUCCACCCUGGUUCAUAAGAGGCUAAUGCAGAGUCACAGUCAGCCCAUCCUGGGGGAAGAAGAAACAAGUGAGCCUCAGCACCACCCUCCAUCCCUGCCCAACCAAACUGAAGUGAAGGCUGCUCAUCUGGGUUCAUUUUCUAAAAUUAAAAACAAUUAAUUUUAUUCUACUAAUAGGAUCAACAUGA